AUGGCCCGGCUCCCCCACAUGCCGCUGCUGCCCAUGCUCCUGGCACUCGCCCGUGCCCUGCCCGGGGCCCUGGCCACCCAAGAGCUGCAGCAGUCUCCCCGCUACACGAUCACCCCCGAGGGAGGCUCUGUCAACAUCACCUGCUCCAGCACUGGGCCCCUGUGCGGGAUGUACCUGAGGCGAAGCUGGCCGCAGACCACAAACGUGAUCUACUACGAAGACGGGAAGGUGCCCACCGUGGAUCAGGGCUUCUCGGGCCGCAUCGACUUCUUGGGGUCUCAGGACAACCUGACCAUCACCAUGCACCACCUGCAGCUGGCCGACUCUGACGUGUAUACCUGCCAGGGCAUCACAGAAAGCCAGACCAUCAAGGAAAGCAACGUCUGGGGCCCCAGCACCAUAGUCGUGGUGAUAGAAAAAUUGUCCCAAGGAGCAUGCACAUGCGAGGAGGCUCUGCUGGCGUCCUUGGCCCUCCCAGCCGCCCUCGCAGUGGCCUGCUUCCUCAUCGGACUGGGCGUGGGGGUGGUGUGUGUGCUGAAGAGGACACAGAUCAAGAAACUCUGCUGCUCGAGGAAUAAGGCUGCGGUGUGUGUGGUGUACGAGGACAUGUCCUGCAGCCGCCACAACACGCUGUCCACCCCCAACCACUACCAGUGAGCCCAGCAGGCG